AUGUUGUCGUAUGUUUUGGCGGAUGAGACCUGUAACACCCCAAACACCUCGAAACCGAUUACAACAUUGGUCUUGGAUGACAUCAAUGUGAUAAUUUUCGGUGCUUACUCAUGCUCAUGGAAACUUGAGAGUGAUGCUCCACGAACUGCUUCCACGAAAUUUGUCAGAGAAAUUGUCAGAUUCGAGCCAGUGAAAGACCUCAACGGUAACCGCGACUUCUAUGUACACUACUGUUAUGAGGUUAGAAAGGUCGUAGCCACUGAAGGCGAAAUCGAAGUAGCUAUAGGUGAAGUAGCAGAGAUUGGAAAACCAGCUCUGGAGAAAAAUGUUAUUUACUCGUUGUCCGACUUUUGCCCUUAUCCUAGGGAGCUUGCCAAGGCCUGA